AUGACAUCGCAAGGCCAAAGUCUGAAUUCCACUUUAGAUGAUAACUGUCAAGGGAACUUUCGAGGGACACUUCUGACUAUUGAUUCGUACCUGGGGGAUCAAGACGUGGAGCGCCUGAAGUUCCUCUGCCGAGACUCCAUCACCCCCAAGAACCUGGAGAAGUGCGGCUCAGCCUUGGAUAUCUUUGAGUACCUGUUGGCAGAGGAAUGGCUGAGUGAGGAAGACCCCUUCUUCCUAGCGGAGCUCCUCUACACCAUCAAGCAGAAGGUCCUCCUUCGGCACCUCCGCUACACCAAGGAGCAGGUGGAGAACUGGCUGCCUUUCCGCCGGAAGGUCUCUCCGUUCAGAAACCUGCUCUAUGAACUGUCAGAAGACAUCAGCUCAGAGAACUUAAAGAGCAUGAUCUUCCUUCUGAGGGAGUCGAUUCCGAAAGUCCAGAUGACCUCUCUAAGUUUCCUGGCAUAUCUGGAGAAACAAGAGAAAAUAGAUGAAGAUAAUCUGACAUUACUGGAGGAUCUCUGCAAAAAAAUUGUACCUAAUCUCGUGAGAAAGAUAGACAAAUAUAAAAGAGAGAAAGGCUCCCAGGUAGGGGCACCUCCUGUAGCCAAGGAAACUGAGUCAUUGCAUCAAGGAGAGAAAGAACUAUUUUGCCGCUCGGACAUUAACCAAUUGCUUGGAGCCUUGCCGGAGGUGUCCUGGCGAGAUGAGCAUGCACAGAGUAAUGGUGACAGAGCAACCCCGGUCUCCGUGGAGAUGUUGGGAGCAUCUGUUGACACUCUAACUUCUGAGACCAGCACAAAGGAGACAGCUGUGUACAGGAUGGAUCGGAAACACAGAGGGUAUUGUGUUGUUGUCAAUAAUCACAGUUUUACCUCACUGUCAAAAAGACCAGGGACCAAUAAAGAUGCUGAGUGCCUGAGGCGCGUGUUUCAGUGGCUUGGGUUCAGCGUGCAUAUUUAUGUCAAUGUGACUAAAGGCGACCUAGAGGAGGUUCUGCAGUAUUUUCAGACUCAUCCAGGCCAUGCUGAUGGAGACUGCUUUGUGUUCUGUGUUCUGACCCAUGGGAAAUUUGGAGCCGUCUACUCUUCUGAUGGGAACCUCAUUCCCAUCCGGCAGAUCAUGUCUCACUUCACGGCUCAGCAGUGUCCUGCUCUGGCUCACAAACCCAAACUCUUUUUCAUCCAGGCCUGUCAAGGUGAAGAAAUACAACCUUCCGUAUCCAUUGAAGCAGAUGCAGUAAAUCCUGAGCACGUGCCCCCUUCCCUUCAAGACAGUGUUCCCGUUGAGGCGGAUUUCCUUCUUGGCCUGGCCACUGUCCCCGGCUACGUGUCCUUUCGGCACGUGGAGGAAGGUAGCUGGUAUAUCCAGUCUCUGUAUAAUCAUCUGAAGGACUUGGUCCCAAGACGGGAAGAUAUCUUAUCCAUUCUUACUGCUGUCAACGAUGAUGUGAGUCGACAAGCGGACAGACACGGAACAAAAAAACAGAUGCCUCAGCCUGCUUUCACACUACGUAAAAAAGUAGUAUUCCCUGUGCCACAGGAAGAACUUUUACUAUAGUAGAAAAUUUUGAUCGACGCUUAAACUUGAAAGGACCCUUUGGGCAUCGCUUCUAACCUCCCACCCAUCAUAGAAAUCAGUGACAGGUAGUGAGCUGGCCUCCGCCUGUCUUUCUAGUAGAAGAACAUGCCCUAUUUUCUGACACAACAAAAUCUGUUUGUUUUUUUU